CCCGCCGCAUGGAUUCCGCCCGGAGCUGGCUCCAGAAGCUGCAGCCGCGGGACAAGGACAGGGACCGGGGCGGCAAGCCCGCGGCGUCGUCGCCCACCGGCGGCUCCGCGAGGAUGGCCGGGGCCGGGGCGGGGGAGGAGGCGCUGUCCAGCGCCACCAAGCAGAAGGUGGCGGCGGCCAAGCAGUACAUCGAGAACCACUACAAGGCGCAGAUGAAGUCGCUCCAGGAGCGCAAGGAGAGGCGUUGGAUGUUGGAGAGGAAGCUAGCAGAUGCCGAUGUAUCUGAAGAGGAGCAAAACCAUAUCAUGAAAGAUUUAGAAAAAAAGGAGACAGAAUACAUGCGCCUACGAAGGCAUAAAAUGGGUGUUGAUGAUUUUGAAUUGCUGACCAUCAUUGGGAGAGGUGCAUUUGGGGAGGUGAGACUUUGUAGAGAAAAGGCUACAUCCAAUGUGUAUGCAAUGAAAAAGCUAAAGAAGUCUGAAAUGUUACGAAGAGGCCAGGUUGAGCAUGUGAGAGCUGAAAGGAACCUCCUUGCAGAGGUCGAUAGUGCUUAUAUUGUUAAGCUCUACUGCUCAUUUCAAGAUGAUGAGUUUCUGUACCUCAUUAUGGAGUACCUUCCUGGUGGUGACAUGAUGACUUUACUCAUGCGCAAGGACACACUGACAGAGGAUGAAUCUAGGUUCUAUGUUGCAGAGACAAUAUUAGCAAUUGAAUCCAUUCACAAGCACAGCUAUAUUCAUAGGGAUAUCAAGCCUGACAAUUUGUUGCUAGAUCGAUGUGGACACUUGAAGCUUUCAGAUUUCGGCUUAUGUAAACCUCUAGACAGCAGUAGCUUCCCAAAUCUUAGUGACCUUGACUAUGCAGCGGGGAAGAGCACCAAUCCAUCAUCAGAUGGUGAUAUGCAAUCAAGUAACUCUACUGGCCCCAGGCGGACACAACAGGAACAACUAAUGCAUUGGCAGAAGAAUAGACGGAUGUUGGCUUACUCUACUGUUGGUACGCCUGAUUACAUUGCACCUGAGGUACUUUUGAAGAAAGGAUAUGGGAUGGAAUGUGACUGGUGGUCACUUGGCGCCAUAAUGUAUGAAAUGCUAGUGGGAUAUCCUCCAUUUUAUUCUGAAGAUCCAAUGUCAACAUGCAGGAAGAUAGUGAAUUGGAGAAGUCAUCUAAAAUUCCCUGAAGAGGCCAGACUUUCACCAGAAGCUAAAGAUCUCAUCGGCAAGUUAUUGUGCAAUGUGGAUCAGAGACUUGGCACAAAAGGUGCACAUGAGAUAAAGGCACAUCCAUGGUUUGGAAGUGUUGAGUGGGAGAAACUGUAUCAAAUGGAAGCAGCUUUCAUUCCUGAGGUUAAUGAUGAAUUGGACACACAAAACUUUGAAAAAUUUGAAGAGACUGCUCCUCCAAUGCAAACUUCAUCAAAGGCGGGUCCCUGGAGAAAGAUGCUUUCUUCCAAGGAUGUGAACUUUGUUGGAUAUACCUACAAGAACUUUGAAAUAGUGAAUGAUCCUGAACUUCCAGGAAUUGCUGAGCUAAAGAAAAAGAACAACAAGCCAAAGCGACCAACCAUCAAAUCAUUAUUUGAGACUGCUGAUAGUGAAGACCAGACUUCUGAAGGCAGUUUCUUGAACAUAUUACCCACACAAUUGGAGUUGCCGGAGAGCCUCGAGCCCUCACCUCACUCCAGCAUAUCUUCCGAGGAUUCCCAAGCACGGCAUAGGUAGCAGGUGCAUGGUUUUUUUUUUGGCACCUGUCAGCUGUAAGCUGAGCCUGAGAAAAGCAAGACUCAAGAGGAACCUUGCACACGGUGAUGGAUGGCAAUCUGCAAAAUCAAGUUUGCCCUUGAACAGAUUGUUCAUCCUGUACAUUGUUACUGUUUUUUAAGUUCCUUUGCCAACAACCCGAGCAGGUUGCUUGUCAUAGAGAGGGAGGUAUUUGUUCUCUCCUGUAAAUUCUUGGAUUCUGUGCGUUGCUGAGAUUCAUUCUUUCAUGGGAGCAUGCCAUGGGGUGUGCUACCGUUUUCUUUUUUCUCAAGCGCGGAAAUCUGCAUUUCUACAUCAUUGCUGUAAGAUUUAUGACAAUGUAAAGAAACUGUGAGUGAUAUACAAGCAAGUUGUAUUGCAAAUGAGAAAAAUCUGUAAGGCUCCAUUUGGAUGUUGAUA